AUGCCUCCCAAAAAUCAGAAAAUUACUCCCGUCGUCGAAAUGAAGACCACAAAUCGCCCUGAUGAGUGGAAGAUCGAGCAGGGGUUGUCGGGAGCUGUGCUCCCGGUCCUUGACAUGACCAAACCGAAGACCAAGGCUCUCCCAAUUCAGACGUUUGGCCCACUCACCAAAGAUGAGAAAGCUAUCAAAGCGGUUGGAAACCCAAACAAGCUAUUUGCGAUGGAGAGAAAGGGAUGGACUGGCUUUGUCGAAUGGGAGAACUAUCCUGAGAAAAAGGCCGCCGCGCACAAGAUCUUGACUUCGCAAACCUUUCCACCUAAUCCGGAGUUCCAGCUUGGCCCCAUUCCAGGAACGAACCCUGUUCUUCCAGGCACGCACUGGAAGAUGUGGCACCACGCAGUCGGUGGUGAACUGACCAAGAUUCCCGAAGAUUCUUGGGCUACAGUCCUCAAAGAGAAACACCCUGACAUGCUGCAUCUUCUACAGUUUCCGUAUAACGGCGAGCCGCCUAAGCGUCUUGUAACCGAUAAGGAGAUUACUCCAAAUUCCCUCCACUUCGUCAGAAACCACGGGGGCAUCCCACUCAUUGACAAGGAUCAGUACAGCUUCCAUUUAGACGGCCUGGUUGCGAAGCCAAAAGAAUUCACCUUGGAUGAUCUCAUGGACGAGUCUAGGUUCCCGCGUAUGGAAAAGACCAUCACUAUCCAAUGCUCUGGCACCCGUCGCAUUGAGCAGAUCCUCAAGUAUCCUGGCCAGGGUGAUGAGGUUCCUCAGGCACCUUGGGCCGAGGGUGCGAUUGGCACAGCUAAAUAUGUCGGUAUUAGCUUGAAAAAGGUGAUCAAGGAAUGUGGCGGUCUGAUUGACGGUGCUAAACACCUGGAAUUCUAUGGCGCCGACACUUACUUCAAGGACGACAAGACCAUGAACUAUCUUGUCAGUGUCCCCUGGUCCAAGGUGAAGGCAAAUGAAGUCAUGCUGGCUUGGGAGAUGAAUGGAGAAGUCCUCCCUGCGAUCCACGGAUACCCGCUUCGCAUCGUCGUCUUUGGCUACAUUGGUGCCAGAAGCGUCAAGUGGCUCUAUCGCAUCAAGGCAAUCAAGCUGCCAUCUCGAGCGCCAGUCCAGAGCCAGGAGUACCUUUACUUCCCACAACAGGUUGGAAAGCAUAACUUCAAGAUGACGGACGGCAUCCAGAUCCAGGAGAUGCCGGUCAGCUCUGCCAUCAUGUCACCAUGGACCAAGCAGGUGUGCAUUCACAAGGGCAAAAUUCGCUGCAAGGGCUGGGCAUACUCUGGCGGUGGUCGAUGGCCAGAGCGAGUUGAACUCUCAAAUGACGGAGGCUUCAACUGGUACACCGUCCCGCUUGAAAACUUAUCCAAGAAACGCAGGUGGACCUGGCGUACUUGGGAGUUUGAUCUGCCUUGUGAUGUUGAAGGUUGGGUUGAGAUUGUUUGUCGUUGCUGGGAUAACGCAUUGAACACUCAGCCACCAGAUGUUCGAACUGCUUGGAACUGGGGAUUACACGUCACGAGUUCGUGCCACCGAAUCUCGAUUUACAGCGUGAAUAAAUCUCGCCCGGAGACCAAGGCUCGUCUUGAGGAGUUUGAACAAAAGGGCAUUCCGUUUGGUCCGAUCACGGUGCCCCUGGCGUUCCCAUCUCAGACUUGGGAUGACUAUGAAGAGUUUUGGAAGGAAAAUGACCCUCGCGACGCUGAGGAUGAUUAG